AUGCAUUAUAUCCAUGGUUUACCAGUUUGUCCACCACUAUGUCCUCCAUUAACACAUGGUGAUUUAGUUUCUUCAUCUGACGAAAACCUUCAUCAUCGAUCAAAUUUUUUACCAAAUCAAAAAUUAAGUACAUAUGCAAAACAGUUUAGUCGUCAUUUAAUUUUUUCGUUUUCUCGAAAAGAGACUUUCGACGAUGAAACAAAUAUUGAUGAAGAAUUCGAUCAAAUAUCUUUAUCAGAAAAUUAUUGUAAUUCUCAUGGAAAAUCAGAAAAUUCUAAUGAUGAAAGAACGAAUAAAAGGCACAGUUCUACAAUAGUUGGUUCUGAUGGAUUGCCGAUCACAAAAAGAAUUCUUCCAGGCAUAACUAAUAUUACAAAUAAUCAUAAUAACACAAUAACUGAUGAUGGAAUGGGAAAAACGACAAAUGGGGGAAUUAACAAUGGAAAGAAUGUAUCCGGUGAUCAACAAGCAAAUAAUGCAUUUUAUAAUUGUAUUGAUAGUGCACCGGAUAUACCUGAACGAGGAAAAACUGUUCCAUUGGGUCUUGAUAUGGGUUUAUCACUUAGUAAACGAUCAGCAGGAGUUCCAAGUGCAAUUGGAAGACAUAAUUUAAACGAUGAAGAGCUUCGCACACAUGUAUAUAAAAAAACUCUUCAAGCAUUAAUUUAUCCAAUUUCAUUAACAACUCCUCAUGAUUUUGAAUUUUGUUCAUUUACACAUCCAACAUAUUGUUAUGAAUGUGAAGGACUCCUAUGGGGUAUUGCAAGACAAGGUUUAAAAUGUCGAGAAUGUGGCGUUAAAUGUCAUGAAAAAUGCAAAGAUCUUCUUAAUGCUGAUUGUCUUCAACGACGUGCACAGAAAAAUGCCAAACAUGGUGCCGAUGACAAGGCAAAAAAUUUAAUGGAAGCGAUGCAUGAAAAAAUGACACUCAGGGAAACUACACGACCUCUUUUAUUUAAGACAAUCAGGGAUGUAUUUAAUGUUGAUGAAAAAUCUCAUGUUGGUCAUAUGAAAGCUGUUAAACAAAGUGUACUCGAUGGUACAUCAAAGUGGUCAGCCAAAUUGGCGAUAACUGUGAUAAGUGCUCAAGGUUUAAUAGCUAAAGAUAAAUCUGGAACAUCAGAUCCAUAUGUAACUGUUCAAGUUGGAAAAGUAAAAAAACGUACUAAAACAGUUUAUUCCGAAUUAAAUCCAACAUGGAAUGAAAAAUUUUUCUUUGAAUGUCAUAAUUCAUGUGAUCGAAUUAAAGUUCGAGUAUGGGAUGAAGAUGAUGAUAUACGAGCUAAAUUAAUGCAAAAAUUAACUCGAGAAUCAGAUGAUUUUCUUGGACAAACAAUAAUUGAAGUUCGAACAUUAUCGGGUGAAAUGGAUGUUUGGUAUAAUUUAGAAAAACGAACAGAUAAAUCAGCUGUUUCUGGUGCUAUUCGUCUUCAUAUUUCAGUUGAAAUAAAAGGAGAAGAAAAAGUAGCUCCAUAUCAUGCACAAUAUACUUGUUUACAUGAAAAUUUAUUUUAUACAUUAUGUGAAAAUAAUAAUGGUCAACCUAUUAUUCCAGAAGCUAAAGGAGAUGAUGCAUGGAAAGUUUAUUUUGAUGAACCUUCUCAAGAAAUAGUUAAUGAAUUUGCUAUUCGUUAUGGUAUUGAAUCAAUUUAUCAAGCAAUGACUCAUUUUGCAUGUUUAUCAACAAAAUAUAUGUGUCCCGGUGUUCCUGCUGUGAUGAGUACACUAUUGGCUAAUAUCAAUGCUUACUAUGCACAUACAACAGCAACGACUGCAGUAUCAGCUGCAGAUCAAUUUGCUGCUUCGAAUUUUGGAAAAGAAAAAUUUAUAAAACUACUUGAUCAAUUACACAAUGCAAUUCGUAUUGAUUUAUCUAUGUAUCGAAAUAAUUUUCCUUCAUCAAGUAUGGAUCGAAUGCAAGAUUUAAAAUCAACAGUUGAUCUUCUAACUUCUAUAACAUUUUUUCGUAUGAAGGUUCAAGAAUUAAGUUCACCACCACGUGCAUCGGGUGUUGUUAAAGAUUGUGUCAAAAAUUGUAUUCGUCAUACAUACAAUUUUUUAUUUGCUAAUUGUGAUGAAGUUUAUAAACGAGAAUCAAAACAACAAACAAAUACAACAACAACAACAACAACAACGACAACAACAUCAAUUACAGAUAAUAAUGAACAAAAUGAAGAUGGAAUUCAAACAUUAUCUACAACAAUAAAUGUUAUUGGUCCUAGUCUUAAAAGUUUACAAUUUUGGCAUCAACUUAUGUAUUUAUUAACAUGUAUUAUAUCUGAAGAUAGAGAACGAUAUAGUUUGGUACUUAAUCAAUUUCCAUCAGAACUUAAUGUAGGUCAUAUUAGUGCAGAUACUUUAUGGAAAUUCUUAUCAGUUGAUCUUAAAGAUCAUCUUGAAGAACAUGCUCGAAUUCCGGCUGAACGUCGUGAAGUAAAAAGUGCUGAUUAUAUGAAUCUCCAUUUUAUGGUCAAACGAUUUUACGAUACAUCAGUUAAAAUAAUUCCUGAAGCGAAAAAUAUUGUUCCAGAAUAUCCGAAAUGGUUUGAACCAUUUGUAAUGCAAUGGCUUAAUGAAAAUGAUGACAUGUCUAUGGAAUAUCUUCAUAAUGCACUUGAAAAAGAUCGACAAACAGGAUUUCAACAAACAUCUGAACAUUGUUUAUUUUCUUCAUCUGUUGUUGAUGUAUUUACACAAUUAAAUCAAUGUCAUGGAAUAAUAAAAACUCUUGAUCUUCAUGAUCCAAUUGUUAUAGCCAAAUAUAUGAAACGUUUUUCUGUAACUAUAUCACAAGUUUUACUUGGUUAUGCAAAUGCAAUACGUCGGACAUUUGAACAUGCUGGAGGACAAGAUAGAAUUUGUUCUAUAUUAAUGAAUAAUAUUCAACAAUUAAGAUUAAAUUUAGAACAAUUAUAUGAAUUAAUGGGUGGAGCACAAUUAGAUGAUGAAACUAAAACAAUGCUUAAUGAUUUACAAAAACAAUUAAGUGAUGUUCUGGAUGAAUUAAGUGCAACUUUUGUUAAAAGUAUUGAACCAACUAUAAGACAAUGUAUUGAAGAAGUUUAUAAACAAUUACAACAAAUUAAAGGAAAUCAAAUUGGAACGGGAAAUACUAGUGGACAACAAAAAGGAGCUGAAGCUAUGCUUGUUACUAAACCAUUAUUAGAUUAUCUUGAUCAGAGAUUAACUUUCUUCGCAAAUCAAUGUGAAAAAACAGUAUUAAAACGUCUUCUAAAAGAAUUAUGGAAAGCUGUUAUCAGUGAUUUAGAAAAAGUUAUUGUUUUACCACCAUUCUCAGAUUCUAAACACCUCUUAACAAUGCCAUCAGCAAGAAUAGAAGAUGCUUAUCGACUUUUAUCUGGGGAAUUAGGUCGAGAUAGUGAUAGAAGUUUAACUCAAAAACAAUGUCAAAUAUUAGAUAGAGGUUUAGAAGAUUUAAAAGAAUUCUUUCAUGCAUCUGGACAAGGUUUAAAACGAAACUAUUUAGAAAAAACAUUAGAAUUACAAUCACUUAAAUAUGCUCUUUCAUUAUAUACACAAACAACUGAUUCAUUAAUUAAAACAUUUGUUAAAACGGAAAGAGAUCAAGAUCGACCAGCAUUAGAAGAAUCUUUUGGUGAAGUAUCAAUUCAAGUGGAUUUAUUUACACAUCCAGGUAGUGGUGAACAUAAAGUUACUGUAAAAGUUGUUGCUGCAAAUGGUCUUAAAUGGCGUACAUCAGGAAUGUUUCGUCCAUAUGUUGAAUUAGCGAUGUGUGGUCCUCAUUUAAGUGAUAAAAAACGUAAACAAACAACAAAAACAAAAAGUAAUACAUGGAUACCAAAAUAUAAUGAAACAUUUCAUUUUCUAUUGGGAAAUGAAGAAGAACCAGAUUGUUAUGAAUUAAAUAUUGCUGUAAAAGAUUAUUCAUUUAUGCGUGAGGAUCGUUUAAUUGGUUUAAAUGUUAUAAAAUUAUGCCAAGUAUGUGAACAAGGUUCAUGGUCAUCAUGGGUACCACUUGGUUCUCGUAUUAAUUUCGAUGAUACAGGUUUAACUAUAUUAAGAAUAUUAUCACAUAGAACAAAUGAUGAAUUAGCAAGAGAAUUUGUUGCACUUAAAUCAGCUAGACGACACAAGGAAGAUGUGUGA